CAUUAAAAAUUGAAGAUGAAAUAAGUAACACAUUCUGCGGCCUAAUUGGAACUGCUUAGAACAAAAGCGGAUUAAAAUCUCCCCCAAUGAAAUUCAUUUGCAAUUUCAUAGGUACUCCCUACUUCCACUUCUAUAAUUUUGAGAAAACACCACUUCUCAACUUCAUCCUCUCUCAAACAAUGAAAGUCAAUUGCAAUUUCAUCAAUAUUCCCCACUCGCGGGCCCAUUUCAAUUGCAAGCAAAUUUGCACACUUGCAAUGGCACCCCACAUCAAUGCAAUUCAAAGUUGCAAUUGCAACUUAUUGCCACAUCAGCUUGCUAGUCACUAUAAUUGCACCAUUGGAGAUGCUCUUAUGCAAAUUUUCACCCUUGCAAUAGCUUCUCACAUCAUAGCAAUUUAAAGAUGCAAUUGCACCUCCUUGCCACAUCAUCUUGCAAGUCACAAAAAUUGCACCAUUGGAGAUGACCAUUACUGCAUCUCGUCACCUGUCUUAGGUAACUUAGUCAUGGCAAAUUCAAAAAAUACUGCAUGCAUAGAAAAAUCCAGGUCUGGACAAUUCAAAACAUAGGAGCUUUCCUAGUCAGAUGAUGUAUUGGCUCCCCUCAGUACCGGACAGUUUUGAGUGCUGGAGAAUUAAGAAAAAGACAAAAGACUGGAAAAAAACCUAACAAAGACUUAGAAAACUUGUUAACAGAAGACAUCCAUUGCUGGCCCCUUUGCUUCUCCAACGCUCCACCCUGCCCUGCAUCAAUCGACUCUCAUGUAAGCCGAGGAUGUUUUCUUGAGGAGGCCUCAGGGGUCUCUUGAUGCUCCGUAUGCCGAAGAUCAAUAAAAGUAUUGGUCAAUUCGGCUAUACGGUACACCGGCAAAUAAGCGCACUGGUCCUCUUUAACAUAAACUCCCAUAUCCAUCCCAACCCUUUCAAGAAAGGUGGUCAAGAAGGUGGCAUAGGGAAAGGCAGUAUAGCAGUUUUCCCCUCUAGGAGCAGCCUCAACCAUGUUCAGGCACAUGAGAGAUGCGAGGUUAACAUUUUGAACUUGCACAAGGAUAAACAAGUCAAGUUUACGAAUAAUCGAAUGACCACAGUACCUUGGAAGGAAGCAGUUGAUGAUCAACCAGUGGAGGAAUCGAAGAGGAUCUGGGAGGAAAGAAGCCUUGAUGCGCCCCUUAGUGAGUUUCGCCAGUUCAACUUCAAACUCAAAAUCGUACAGCCGCCCAAGAUCGCUUCUGCUCUCAAUGGGGUGUCCUCCGGCGGGAAGAUCAAGGAUCUCAUCAAACUGAUGAGGCUGGAAGCAGAUUCUAUGUCCAAGGAAGAUCGACACGAGAUGAGAAUCAUAGGGACCAGAAAGCUUUAGAUUGUGGUAGAACUUCCUCGCCACAUGGGGGCGGUAACUGGUGCUUCCUCGACUCCGGAGAUCAAAGAACUUUUUCCAGCCAAGAUUUUUUAUUAACGUCUUCACUGCUGGAGGGAAAGGACUUAGGUGGAUGAACUCAUUUUUCGGCCACAAUUGUUGUUUUGCUUGUAAAUGAAAGAUAUUCACCGAGGCUGGCGGUGGAUCUAUAGUCUUCAUUUGAUAGAGAUAGUAUCCCCAUUUCUGCAAACGAUCUACUUUUGUUUGCCAUGGAGUCGGGAGGAAGAAGGAACAAGUGGAAGGUGAAGAUGGAGAGAGAGAGAGAAUGUAGGUGUAAGAAAAGUGAUCGUGGGGGUUGAGUCUGGAGACGUAAGUGAGAUGGAGACGGUUGAGUCUGGAAUGUCAAGAUUUAGAAGAUUUCGGAAGAUAUGUAAUGAUGAUGGUAACUCGUGUAGGUUAAACUAGGGUAAGUAAAGCUAGUUAAACUAGGGUUGGCGCACGAAUUGAUACGGUAGGAGAAAUCAAAUGGGCUCGCAUGUUCCAGGCCCACUUUUGAAUAUUGCAUGGAUCAUGUACAAGCCCACUUUUGAAUGUUAUUUAAAAGCCUGCAAAAAUCAAUGAUCAGACCCAGUCCAACUAGAAUUAGUCCUAAACGCACCGUUAAUACAUAAACACAAAUUAAGGAGACACCUCCAUCCGAUUCGAAUCAAAUUAUGUCUUCUUCAUCUCCUUCCUCAAUCCUCUGGGCGAGACGAACACUACAUAUCAGGAAACCUUAAUUUCACCGAGUGAUAGAAGUAUCAAAAAAUGACAAUAACGGUAAGACAAGAUGACAAAGCACUAGCGACAUGAACCCUAGGGUUAGCAAAAUGAAAUGGAUAUAUUUGUCACAAACCUGAUAGUUGUGGAUAUACAACUGUAUUUUGCCUAAUUUUUUUUUCUCUUUUAAUCCACAUCAUUUAGUGGGGCCAGAAGCAUGCCAACUAAGAAUCCACCGUUUGUCCAGUUAUCGAGUUAACUGAAGGAGUUAACGGAGUGGACGGAAAUGGAUAUUUCGUGUAUUUCGAUAGUUAUGGAUAUAUUUGUCACAAACCUGAUAGUUGUGGAUAUACAGCUGUAUUUUGCCAAAAAAUAUUUGCUGCAUGAAAAUUACUACAUUGUAGCUAGACAUGUCUGCGAUCUGAGAAUAAUUUGGGAAGUCCGUAUGCAAGACAUUGUCCAACUAACUAUUAGCGACAACGUAGCAUCAUCUCCUAUAUAUUUCAAAUCAAGCAACUUCAGAUUCAUUACUAACAGUGCGGUAACAAAUAAUGCUCUCUAUUGGGAAAAACUUAAAGGACAUACUAGACUCUAUGAGACAUUUUCUUUCAUCCUAAAGGUUGAUUAUGUAUGUAUAGUGAGAAGCAACUCUAAUAUUCAACUAUAUGGUUUAAUUAAGUUAUGAAUGACAAUUAUUUAUAUAUAUUUUUACAUUCAAUAAUUAUAUGUAAUGCUUAUAUUAUUAUUUUUUUCCCUCUUUUUUCAUGGAAGCCUAAACACAUUAUGUAUAGUUGGAUCACUUUCAAAUAUAUUAUGUGCAUAACUAAGAUAUAAAACAAUAUUUUCAUGCAUUUCAAAUCAUCUUUUAUAUCUAUUAUUAUAUAUUAUUUUUCCGACAAAAUUCUUCCGGCCAACGGGUCGGGCCAUGUGCUAGUUAUUCUUGGUGGGCCUUUGGUCAUAGAUGCCCAAAAAGUAACGUGCCUCUUAGGCAUUGCAUUACAUUACAGUGCUUGAGUUCUCUACUCCAAGGUUUUCAGACCGGUUUAAGUUAUUGACUCGGUUAAACAAGGGGUUUGAGGUUUAAUGGUCUGAUCGGGGUCCGGCCGGUUUGAGUCGUUUUAGACAUUUUCUAAAUAUAUGUACAAAUAAUGUAGUAAUUAAAGAUUUAAUGAAUG